UAUCGUGGAGCAAUGAAGGUUUAUCAGAGCGUCGUGCUACUCUUCUGCUCCCAGUUCCUACACACUCUCGCUUUAGACUGUAGUGUGAUGAAUGGGAACCUGAAGCAGAUCGAUGCUGGAAUGGGCUCAGUGGUUGGAGUGAACAAUUUUGAUGAAGCCUUCAUCCUGGAGGAUAAUGUCUUCACAAAGAUCAACAUCUCUCUAAAGCACUUCACUGUUGGACCUGCUGGUCAGCUGGGGGUGAAUGCAGCAAACAACAUAUUCAAGCUUCAGAGUGGCAGGUUCAUUCAGUUUCCAGGUCUUCUCAAACAGGUGGAUGCUGGAGGUGAUCAGAUUCUUGCAGGUGUCAAUAUGUUUGAUCAAAUAUUUUGUUUAAAUAUGGAUGCUAACGACAAAUGGCCAUCCAGCAAUACUCCUUGGGUUCAAAUUAAUGGAGGGCUGAAGUACUACAGCUGUGGCCCAUACAGCUGUUGGGGAGUGAACAUCUAUGAUCAAAUCUGGAUCUUGAGGGAUGUGUCUAAUAAUGUUUGUUCUGGGUCUGGCACCUUUGUGAAUAUUGCUGGAAUUCUGUCCAUGAUUGAAGUAGCAACUGAUGGCAGUGUCUUUGGUGUGAACUAUCAAGGGAGCUUAUUCCAAAGAACUGGCGUCACUCGUGCCAACCCCGCUGGCACAGACUGGAUCUCAAUGGUUGCCUGUCCCAAUGGCCACAAACAUGUGAGCUUUGACCUGGGAGUGCUGUGGGUCGUGUGUGUUGACGGCUCCAUCCGUAAAUGUACUUUAUAGU